GAUAGAGGGCGGGCUUCUACAGCGAUUCGCGCUUCCGGCAGGCAUAAUUAAUAUCAACAUUAAUCCUCGUUUCAUAUACAUCGGUGUGUAAAGGCUCGUACAUGUACUUCAAUUUUACCUCGAAUUUCAGGUUCAAUAUAGUCAAGAUUUCUUGAGCAUGCCAGAUACAUGCAGUGCCGUUGGCUGCAAGAACAGGCGAUGGACAGACAAAAAAAAGAAAAGCACCAACCGGCGGGAGUUGCAUUUUUACCGGAUUCCUUGGGGAAAUUCGCCGCAGAAGCUCGAGAAAAGACGACUGUGGUUACAGGCACUCUGUCGGAAAAAAUUACCUGAAUGCGCUCGAAUCUGCAGUGCACAUUUCAUAUCAGGUGCAGCUUCGGAUGAUCCUAAUGAUCCAGAUUAUGUCCCUAGUGUCUUUUCCUACAAUGGCAAUGUCCAGCAUCUGCCAAUUGCACCAAUGGACAAAUGUUGUAUUCCAAACUGUCGUAAUGAUUUCCGCUAUAAUCAGACAACGAGUCUGUCCUUCCAUCCUUUCCCAAAAGCAGCUGAUGGGAGGAAUCAAUGGAUACAAGAAAUUGGGGCCAAAUUUGGACAGGAUCUGCAGGUGACAAAGGACACAAGAAUUUGCUCCAGACAUUUCAGGAAGUCUGACUUCGUCAUCACAGAGACCGGGAUGAAAAAAAUCAAGCCAAGAGUCUUGCCAUCAAAGUUCCAGCCGUCCAGCAUAUUUGAAACCCAACAAGACGAACCUGAUCCCAGCAUGAGCAAGCAUGAGGAAGCAGACGAGUAUGAUUCAGAGGACAAGUUGACACAGAACUCAAGGUGUGACUCACCAGCAUCCUCUACUCAGGAUGACCCUCAAGAUGCUGUGACCAAGCUACGCAUUGCCAAAGAAAAGAUAACUACUCUGGAGGCUCAGUGCAAAAUGCUGUCCAGCACGCUGUUCCUCCUCGAGAGAUUUUCUAAUGAUUCUCAAUGCAUUGAGUACUACACAGGUUUUGCCGACUAUGCUACUCUCAAAGCCAUGUAUACAGCACUAGAACCAAAGGGUAGAAGUAAUGCGUUACGAUGGAUGGAUGUACAGAAAUAUUGCAGGCUAAUUAUGGGAUUAGAAGAAAAAGUUGAGAGCACAACAUUGCCACUUAUUGAUGAGUUCUUUUUGUUUAUGUGCUAUGUUAAGCAAGGUUUCUGUGAACAAGAUCUGGCUAUUCGAUUUAAUAUGCCGGUCAAAUCAGUCACCCAAAUUCUAUUGACUUGGAUCAACUAUCUAUUUGUCUCCCUGCGGAAGUUCCAAAUUUGGCCCAGUCAGAACUCUGUGGAUAAGACGAUGCCACUAUGCUUCAAGAACACAUUUCCAAAUACCAGAGUUAUUCUUAGCUGUACUGAGAUUACCGUUCAAAUGCCAAUAGCAGAGAUAUAUGGACAUGAGAACACGGACGUCAGCAUCACCUACAAAGGCCUUCUUGGUAUCAGUCCAUUUGGAGCUGUCACCUUCGUGAGCGACUUGUACGAUGGAUGUGUAUCGGACAUCAAGAUUGCAAAAUUCUCAAGAAUCUUCAAUUUGAUAGCAGGCCCCAGCACUAUUAUGGCACCAGCAAGCUUCCAGAGCCAAGAUGCCUCUUGUGCGAACAAGUCGGCAAUAGUGGUCCCACCAUUUUGGUCGAGUAGUGCAAAAGGUCUUCAGACUUUGCAUAUGAUGGAGUUGCAACGGCAUAUUGAGCAGUCAUUUGCCUAUGUCAAGGAUUAUCGUGUGUUCCAAUCGGUUAUUCCAAAGAACUUAGCAGUGUCUGCUAACCAGUUGUGGAUGGUUUGUGCAUUGCUUGCCAAUUUCAAGAAAUGUCCAUACCUCCUCACAUCAGCACAGUGAGCUAGUUUGAGGCUCUGAACAAGAACAUUCUUUUUACUGAUGGAGACUUUUUUACCAUAGAUUUACCAGCUUGCUUGUUUGAAGUUGAAGAAAAGGCAAUCCCUUGCCUGCACAUUUAAUUCCACCAUGAAAAUAGUUUGCUAAGAAGGUAGCAAUUUAUUGUUUACAGUUGGACAACCAUACUACCAACCCCAGAAAGUAAAUGCUGUCAAAUGUUAGAGAUAACUCCUUUAAUAUGAAUACAAACUCUAUUUCCAAAAAAUGCCCUUGUUACUUUCCUUCACUGAAUUAUUGGCAGUGGUUUCAUUUUGAUUUCAAUGUCUUUAAUGCCCAUUUUAAUGGGAUGGUAUCAACUGUUAUUACGGAUGACGAAAUGGCUGAGGAAGUUCCAAGAAAGUUUCUGUAUUUGUCAAAGUUCUCAUCUGUUCAAGGAAAUAAAACAACUUGUGAACACGUUCUGUUGUUACUCAUCUGUAUUUAGCAGAGAGUGCAGGUUUAGAAAAAAUUGAAACUGGUUUACAAAUACAUUGAUGUUUCAUUAUAAGAAAUAAAAUAGACAAAAAUAAAUUAAUAUCAAUAAUGUCAGAAUAUUUUUUAAUCAGAGUAGCAAUCUUAUUAAUUCAUUGCCCCCUGUGAAUUAUGUCCAGUCUGAGACGUGGGGAAGAAUGCAUUAAUUACUCAGAUUAAAGCAAUAAACGUGUGAACAGUUAAAUUAGGAAACAUCAAGUACUGAAUUAACGGCACUGUACACUGGAAAACACCCAAAUUGUCGUGUGCAUUCCUGAUGGCCAUUUCAAAUAAAAGUUCAUGAUAAUCGCGCAAUUUUCUGAGAA